CAUCGUACGUAGUCAUGAAUCAGAUAAUAGUAGUGGUAAUUAUUUCGGUUCUUCUGACCGCCGGUUUUACGGUUGCUCAAAACUGCGGUUGUGCCGCAGGGUUUUGCUGCAGCCAAUUUGGCUUCUGUGGCCAAACAGCAGAAUAUUGUGGUGCCGGCUGCCAGUCCGGUCCUUGUACCGGCACCAGCACCGGCGGUGGCUCCUCCCUGGAUACCAUUGUGACUCAGUCUUUCUUCGACAGCAUAAUAAAUCAAGCCGCCGCCAGCUGCUCCGGCAAGAGUUUUUACACCAGAUCGGGUUUCCUAAACGCAGCCGGUUCUUUUACUUUCCCAGCCGGGUCGGGAGAUGACGCUAAACGCGAAAUCGCUGCUUUCUUCGCUCACGUCACUCACGAGACAGGACAUUUUUGCUAUAUUGAGGAGAUUAAUGGAGCAUCCCAAAACUAUUGUCAAGGACCAAAUCCAUGCAACCCAGAUAAAAAGUACUUUGGUCGUGGUCCGCUACAAUUGACGUGGAACUAUAACUAUAUUGCAGCCGGGAAUAGCCUCGGGUUCGAUGGGUUAAACAAUCCCGAGAUAGUGGCCAAUGACCCGACCGUGUCCUUCAAGGCGUCACUUUGGUUUUGGACCAACAAUGUUCAGGGACCUUUCAGGUCUGGAGGGUUCGGGGCCUCAAUCCGAGCCAUAAACAGCAUAGAGUGUGAUGGGAAGAGGCCCGAUCUCGUUGAAGCCCGCGUUGGUUACUACACGGAUUAUUGUAACAGAUUCGGAGUGUCGCCCGGAGACAAUCUACGUUGUAUAUGGGCGGCCACCGCUUGUAUAAUUAUUAUCAUAGUCGCCAUGAAUCAGAUAAUAGUAGUAGUAAUUAUUUCGGUUCUUCUGACCGUUGCCAGUCUUUCGGUUGCUCAGAACUGCGGUUGUGCCCCAGGGUUUUGCUGCAGCCAAUUUGGCUACUGUGGCCAAACAAAAGAAUAUUGUGGUACCGGCUGUCGGUCCGGUCCCUGUUCCGGCACCGGCGGUGGCGGUGGCUCCUCCUCCUCCUCCUCCCUGGAUGCCGUUGUGUCUCAGUCUUUCUUUGACAGCAUAAUAAAUCAAGCCGCCGCCAGUUGCCCCGGCAAGAGGUUUUACACCAGAUCGGGCUUCCUAAACGCAGCCCGUUCUUUUAAGUUCCCAGCUGGGUCGGGAGACGACUUUAAACGCGAAAUCGCUGCUUUCUUCGCUCACGUCACUCACGAGACCGGACAUUUUUGUUAUAUUGAGGAGAUUAAUGGAGCAUCUCAAAACUAUUGUCAAGGGCCAAAUCCAUGCAACCCAAAUAAAAAGUACUUUGGUCGUGGUCCGCUCCAAUUGACUUGGAACUAUAACUAUAUUGCAGCCGGGAAUAGCCUUGGGUUCGAUGGCUUAAACAAUCCCGAGAUAGUGGCCAAUGACCCGACCGUGUCCUUCAAGGCGUCACUUUGGUUUUGGACCAACAAUGUCCAAUCACCUUUUAGGUCCGGAGGGUUCGGGCCCUCAAUCCGAGCCGUAAACAGCAUAGAGUGUGAUGGGAGGAGGCCCGAUCUCGUUGAUGCCCGUGUUCGUUACUACACGGAUUAUUGUAACAGAUUCGGAGUGUCGCCCGGCAAUAAUCUACGUUGUUGAUCGAAAGAUUCCAUAGUUCGUAUUACUACUGGGGGUGGAAUAAAGAGAAGUGGUUGUUUUUGUUGUUUUUUUUUCUUCCUUUUUUACCAAUAAAAAUGUGACUAAUGACUGAAAACUGAAAAGUAAUCAAAUAAAAACCUCCUUUUAUAUAUAUA